CGGGGCGCCUUGAAGGGCGCGGCCGAGGGGCGCGGGCGCAGCCGGAAGCUGGGGCGGGGCGCCCGCGCGGGAUGCGGUGAAGGGCAAGCGGCGCGGCGGCGGCGAUGAGUGCCUCGGCGGCCACAGGGGUCUUCGUGCUGUCCCUCUCGGCCAUCCCGGUCACCUACGUCUUCAACCACCUGGCGGCCCAGCACGAUUCCUGGACAAUUGUAGGGGUGGCUGCCCUCAUCCUGUUCCUGGUAGCCCUGUUGGCUCGUGUCCUGGUCAAAAGGAAACCACCCCGGGACCCACUGUUCUAUGUGUACGCAGUUUUUGGAUUUACCAGCGUGGUGAACCUCAUCAUAGGACUGGAACAGGACGGGAUCAUUGAUGGCUUCAUGACAUACUACUUGAGAGAGGGUGAACCGUAUCUGAACACGGCCUAUGGGCACAUGAUCUGCUACUGGGAUGGCUCUGCUCAUUAUCUGAUGUAUCUGGUGAUGGUGGCAGCCAUAGCCUGGGAGGAAAGUUAUAGAACCAUUGGCCUAUAUUGGGUCGGAUCUAUUAUUAUGAGCAUUGUUGUUUUUGUGCCAGGAAACAUUGUAGGGAAGUAUGGAACACGCAUUUGCCCUGCUUUUUUCUUAAGCAUACCAUAUACUUGUCUUCCUGUCUGGGCUGGUUUCAGAAUCUAUAAUCAGCCAUCAGAAAAUUAUAAUUAUCCCUCAAAGGUCAUUCAAGAAAUCCAAGCGAAAGACCUGCUGAGAAGACCAUUUGAUUUAAUGUUGGUUGUGUGUCUCCUUCUGGCAACUGGAUUUUGCCUGUUUAGAGGCUUGAUUGCUUUGGAUUGCCCAGCCGAGCUCUGCCGAUUAUAUACGCAAUUUCAAGAGCCCUACCUAAAGGAUCCUGCUGCUUAUGCUAAAAUCCAGAUGCUGGCAUAUCUGUUCUAUUCUGUCCCUUACUUUGUGAUGGCGCUUUAUGGCUUAGUGGUUCCUGGAUGCUCCUGGAUGCCUGACAUAACACUGAUACAUGCUGGAGGUCUAGCUCAGGGUAGGAAACAGUUAUUGGAUAUGUUGUGCCCUUUGCUUUACAGUUCUUUGGAAGACAUUUCUGCAUUAUUUAAAUCUCAUAAUCUGGUAGGUGCGCCAUUCAGUUAUACAGAUGAGGAAACUGAGGCCCAGCAAGGUUAAAUGAUUUGUUCAAGGUCACAUACCCAGCAAGCGGCACUGCUGCUUCCCAGUCUCUGAACACCACAGCUACUAAAAGAGAAUUGAGAGCUGUUAUCAUUAAGAUGUCUAUCUUAAUUUAAGAUUUCAGAAGUUCACUAUAUUAUGCUACACAGGACCAGGGAAACUGGUUUUAAAAAAGCUCUGCUCCUGGGAAGCUGGGCCUGUCAUUCCAUUCCUCCCCUCUGCUACUUAGCCAAGCCUCUGGCCUACAGUAGAUGUUCAGUGAAUGCUUACUUCAUUGAACUGGGAAUGAAAUUAUCUAUGGAAUUAUCAUUCAAAGCAUAUUUUUAUAAGAUAACAACCUAUCAAAACAAAGUGAUCUUAUGAACAAGGAAGAAAAUUAUUUCGUUCUCUUCUUACUGUAAAUUAGAAAACCCAAGUGAACUCAUCUUUUAAAAUCAUUAUCUUUGUCUCACUCUUUUCAAGCAGGCAUAAAAAUGAGGUUCAUCCAGGAACUCUAGGCAUAUACAGUUAAUUAUACUCAUGGUAUAAUAAUUAUGAUGGCAAGAAGACACACGAGAAUUUACAGGGUUUAAAACCAGUAACAGCAUUUAUGGGUUAAUACACUGGGCUCAAUCUUUGCAGUCUGAGGUACUUCUUCUUAACUAUAGAAUUAGAAUAUAAAUAUCAAAAAAGUUGAUGCAGUAUUCAGAAGUAAUGGUUCCUGUCCUUUCCUUGAAGGACAUAAGAAAAGAGAACUAGUAUUUACCCUCUUUGCAGACCUCUGAAUACCUUAUUUCUCAGGCCUUGGUGUGGGUCUUUAUUUCCAUGUCUUUCAAUACCAAUUAUAAGCUGAUAACUUUUAAUUUCCCAUCUUUAGCUCAAACUGUUCCCAGACUCUUAUAUUUAAUUCCAAACUCCUUCUUUUCACUUGGGUGUCUUACUGACAUCUCAGAUUUAAUGUCUAAAAUGGGACUCCUGAUCCUUCCCACAACUUCUCUUUCAUUUCCCCAUCUCUGAACAUAGCCCUUCCUGGCAUCCAGCAGCUCAAGUCAAAAAUGUGGAGUAGUUCUUUACACUUCCCAUUCCCUUACCAUCUACGUGUAGCCCAUCACUAGGUCCGGGUUAGUUCUCUUGCCAGAGUAAUUUGCAAAUCCGCCACUUUUUUACAGCUCCACUGCCACUACGAUAGUCUGAGCUCUCAUUACCUUACUUCAUGCAAUGCAAGCCAUGCUAAGUGUUUUACUUACCUAUUUGUGUAAAGACAGGCUGUGUGCUCUGCUGGAGUAGCAAAUAUCCAGUGGUUAAAAAUAAAAUUUUAUUUAUUGCUUGUGCAAAGAUCAUGUGGGAUAUUUUCAAGAGUCAGGCCUGGCACCGACCCAACUGCAGAGGAGGCUGAUACAUGUGGUCUUCCUGUGUGCCUCAGAAAAAACUGUGUGAUGAACACAUAGCAUCAUCUCUGCAAGUUUUUCAAAAGCCUCACUUAAAGAUAAGCAGGCCGAGACCCAGGGUAGUUGUUACUUGCCUAAGGUCACAAAGUUACUAGAAGAGGGAUAUAAAAUCCCAUCUGACUCCAAAGCCCAUAUUCUUCUCUGUUGUGUUAUUCCUCUCCUCAUGCAAACAGUUAACUAUGCUCCAGAAUCCUACAGCAGAGUAAGACUUUGUACGUGGCGUGUAGGAGUUAGAGGACCUUCUGGGAGCGGGAGGCAAUGACACCUGAGCUGUGGGCUUUACUGGCUGAAUAGACUUGAAAAGACUGCGGAAGUGCUUAGAUGUUGGAGUGUGCCCCGGUUAGAGGGUACAGAGGGCCUCCCACUCGCCCCACUCUUACCAGCCUCUUGAUAAGAUUGUUCAGGGUUCAACAUCUACUCAUUGCCCGUGUGCUUUGCCUGCACAAUCCAGCUUCCUCUGCAUGCCAUGUACCUUGGUCUGCCCUGCACCAGGCCCUGAUGCAGGAACACUGAGUGUCAUCAGCUAGGCGGCUGGCAAGAGUAAGGCCAAGUGUUGGACCUGGUCAAGUCUCAGGAGACAACUUGAGAACUAGGCAGGAAGACCUAGGCCAGGGCCUAGCCAUGUGCACAGGGUCAGCAGAGUCAGGAGGCUUAGGAUGGUCAGAGCUUGGGGGCGAAUGGGUACUUAAAUCUGUAACAGCAAGAUGAACCCUACACUGUACCUGCUAGUGAGGCUAAGCUUGCAGACAGGCACCUGUGACUCCAGCCAGGAGGUUCUGGGAAAGGCAGUGUGGAUAGCAGAGCGGCUGGCAGCAGCAGUGGCAUUUUCAGCCAUACGCCAGGCCUUGAAGAAAUCUCUGGUCUUAUCCAUCGCUGCCCAAUUUGCAAAGGUAGCCUGAGGCUGUCGACUAGAUUCUGUCAAUGUCAGAAGGAUGUUUCUCCCAACCCAACAGAAGAAUGGUGUAAUCUGAGAAUUAUAUGUCUGACAUUCCCAUAACUCUUAGCUGGGCUUUAAUAUCUACCUAUUCAGAGUGUUUAGCCUAAGGAAAAGUUACAAAUCAUACUGCAACAAAACAGUGCAUAUGAUGAGAAUGCUGAAUUCCAGUUGUGUGAUUUGUUUUCUGCUUAGCGAAUACUUGCUCACGAAAUGAAUUCUCAUCUUGAGAGGAUAUCGGACACAUUCAUCAUAGAAGCUCUCCAUUACCUUGAUUAGCACCCCGAG